AUAAUUCAUAAUGACAACUUGCUGAAAGUGCGCUAUGACGAGAUAGAAAUAAUGUAAACAUGUUUGAGUGGAUGGAUGUUUUGUUUUUGUUGAAUAUGAUUACUGUUCUUUGGGAGUGAUAUCAGUGUCACACGAACUGAUUUUCUCUUUCAGGAAAGACUCCAUUUUGCUCAUUUUCAGACUGGAGCUUAAAUUGUAACUUUUUAUUUUUUAAAUAAAUGUGUUGUUCUGGAAUUUGAUAGUUAAUCUUUUCUGUUGACAGGUGAAAGAUCAUGGGUAAGUCCAAACAGGUAGGAAACCACAAAAAGAAGAGUGUUGCCAAGAUCUGGAAGACCAAGCGCAGGACAAAGGACAUUGACCAGAUCCAUGCAGACAUGAUCCCUGCAAAUGCUGCCAAGUUACUAAAGCAAGAUGUCGAUUAUGAUGUUACAGGCAGUGCCCAGCAUUACUGUCUGCACUGCUCGAGAUAUUUUGUUGAUUUGAAAACCAUGAAAGAGCAUUUCAAGACCAAAGUUCAUAAAAAACGAUUGAAGAAGCUGAGGGAAGAGCCAUAUACACAGGCUGAGGCAGAUCGGGCAGCAGGAAUGGGCUCUUACAUCCCACCCAAAACCAACAUAGAGGUUCACACACAGCAGGUCGAAGAGGAUAUGAACUGAAAGAUGACUUCUUUCUAUCUAUCUAUGGACUCUUCUGAGUAAAACCAUUAGGUCUGGACUCAGACCAACAAUUUAACCUCUUUCAGAGCUGAAAUUAACUUAUGGAGAUGGAAAAACUUCAUUUAACUACAUUUAAACCUCUCUCUAUAUAUAUAGACUAUAUAUAUAUAUAUAUAUAUAUAUAUAUAAUAUAGACUAUAUAUAUAUAUCUGUGUGUGUGUGUGUGUGUGUCAGUUAUAUUACAAGUUAAGGAAGAAACAAGUUCAAAUAAGUUGAUAUUUUUGAAUAUUCAUUGACAAUUCUCUGUAAAUUUAGACCCUGUUUGAUUUUGGAGAAGUCCUGGAACAGCUGACUACUUUCAUACACUGUUGUGAAAUCAAGUUGUUAAAGUCGGCUUAAAAAAAGCAACCUUCUGGGACUGUAAGCCUCACUAUGUUUACUAUGUAUAUAUACUAAUUAAAUGUGCCUAAAGAGAGCUGAAAUAAAAUGAUAAAACCAUUAA